AUGGCAAUCCGUCGUUCUCAGGCACCAGUGAUACUUUUUCCACUCUUUAAGGUACGCUCUAUUCAACACUUGACUUUCAAUAACAAAACCCUUAUCCUUCCUAAAACCCUCUCUACUUCAGCAAUACCAAAUGACUAUCAAACACAACCGCCGUCACGAUCACCAUCCUCUCAUCCUUCUGAUCAAAGUUUUUAUCGAAAUGAUGCCCAAUGGAACUCAAGAACCCAGAUAAAUCCUCCUCCUCCUCCUCCUCAACAGUCGACCCCACAACCUGGAAACUUCAAUCACAAUCAACGCAGCCAAAAUCAGCAAUACCAUCUUCCAAACCAGCUUAAUUAUCAAAAUUAUCCAAACAGGGGAUACCCCAAUCAAGGAUAUGCCUAUCCUAACCAAGGAUAUCCUCAACAACAACCACCUCAGCACCAGCAGCACCAAAACCCUAAUCAAUGGAAUCAAAAUUAUCCUCAGCAGAAUAAUCAAUGGGAUCAAAAUUAUUCUCAGUACCAAAACCCUGGUCAGGCUAGCCCUAAUGUCCGGGGGGAUUAUGGGCAAACCGGAAGCCCAAAUCGAGGGGACAACCGAACUCAGGGAUAUCCACAACAGAGAAACACUGAUCUGUGGGCCUCACGUGUGGGUACCGACAGUCGACCACAUAAUAUGAAUGUUAAUGCUAGUGCUCAUGCUCAUGCUAAUGCUCCAGCUCCGGCUCCGCCUCCUUCGGUUCAUGACUUGGCGCGUUUGUGUCAAGAGGGUAACGUUAAGCGAGCUAUCGAAUUGAUGGAUAAUGGGGUUAAAGCUGAUGCUGAUUGUUUUUAUAGUUUGUUUGAGAAGUGCACCGAACAUGAGGUUGCAAAGAAGGUUCAUGAUUAUUUUUUGCAGUCUACCUUCAGGGGUGAUGUUAAGUUGAACAAUAACGUGAUUAAGAUGUAUGAGAAAUGUGGAAGUAUUACGGAUGCAAGGAGAGUUUUUGAUCAUAUGCCUGACAGGAAUAUGGAUUCGUGGCAUUUGAUGAUAAAUGGGUAUGCAAAUAAUGACCUGGGAGAUGAGGGAUUGCAGCUGUUUGAGCAGAUGAAGAAGUUGGGGUUGGAACCCACCGGGGAAACAUUUCUUGCUGUUUUGUCUGCUUGUGCGAGUGCCGAGGCAGUGGAGGAAGGGUUUUUAUAUUUUGAGGAGAUGAGCAAGAAGUUUGGAAUUAGUCCAACACUUGAGCAUUAUUUGGGGGUUAUAGAUGUUCUCGGAAAGUCUGCUUAUCUUAAUGAAGCUGUGGAGUAUAUUGAGAAACUUCCAUUUGAACCCACAGUGGAAAUUUGGGAGGCAGUGAGGAAGUAUGCUCGAAGUCAUGGAGACAUUGAUCUUGAAGACCACACUGAGGAAUUGAUCGUUUCUAUUGAUCCAUCAAAGGCUGUUGCCAGUAAAAUCCCAACUCCGUCACUGAAGAAGUAUAAUCUGAUCAGCAUGCUUGAAGGAAAGAACAGAAUUACUGAGUUUAGGAAUCCUACGCUUUACAAGGAUGAUGAGAAAUUAAAGCAAUUGCGUGAGAUGAAAACGGGUGGCUAUGUUCCUGAUACUAGAUAUGUUCUUCAUGACAUUGAUCAGGAGGCCAAAGAGCAAGCCUUGCUGUAUCACAGUGAGCGGUUGGCAAUUGCAUAUGGUCUUAUUAGCACUCCACCCAGGAUACCCUUGAGGAUAAUCAAGAACCUCCGUGUGUGCGGGGACUGUCACAAUGCCAUCAAGAUCAUGUCAAAGAUUGUUGGGAGGGAGUUAAUAGUUAGGGACAACAAAAGGUUUCAUCAUUUCAAGGAUGGCAAGUGUUCUUGUGGAGAUUAUUGGUGA